CUAAUCGGUUUAGGGGAGGAUCCACAACUCAAGCUGUGUGCAUGAAGUUAAACAGUCCAACACUUAACUCUUCUGUUAGCGCCCAGUCUCCAACAAGCAGCACAAAAUUCAUUAAAGAACGUAAAGUAAACUUUACUAAUUCUGUAAAUACUCACUUUGGGGAGUGUUGUCUGUGGCAGCGGAUAGAUCUUCUCUUGAAAUGAAAGCGGGCGUGCUACACUGUGGAUGCCAUAAAUGUUCCUCUGUGCCUGCGAGGAAGCGGGUCCGAAAGCAGGUCUCGUCUCUGGGCCUCCUGUCUCUACCUGAGGAGGUGCUGCUUUGUGUCCUCCAGUGUCUCUCAGCUGAAGACCUGCUCGCCGUCAGAGCUGUGCACUCUCAUCUCCGUAAUAUCAUCGACAACAACUCGAGUGUUUGGGCACGGGUCAGCUUCAAGGACCGCUGGCCAGCCCCGGACACUGUCUGGCUCUUUGAGAGGGCUGCAGAGAAAGGAAAUUUUGAGGCUGCAGUAAAACUAGGAAUUGCGUAUUUGUACAAUGAAGGACCGUCACUCAGCGAUGAGGGCCGGGCCGAUCUCUGUGGCAGGAUGGCUGCAAAAUUCUUCACCCUGGCCGAGCGUGUGCGCUCGCCGCUGGCCGAUCCCUUCAUCUGGCUCUUUAUCCGGCCGCCAUGGUCUCCCUCUGGAAGCUGCUGCAAGGCUGUGGUGUAUGAGCAUCUCAAAGCAGAGUGUGAGAGCAACUUGGAGAGGAGAGGAGCGCUACUGCAUUGCCUGGCUAGAGUCCUUGAGCUGUCUGAUGAUGAGGAGACGCGCUCGGGAGCUCUUGCUGUUUUGGACGAGUCGUCGUGCUGCGGCAGCGUGCAGAGCUCGUACCUCCUGUGGGAGAAAAAUCGCCACAUGGCUAUGACCGACCCUGGCAGAUAUCUGCAGUGUGUGCGCGUUCUCCGGGAUUAUGCUGCUAAGGGCUGCUGGGAAGCUCAGUUGUCUUUAGCAAAGUCAUGUGCCAGCGGCAAUCCUCUGGGUUUGGAGCCGCGGGCCUGUGCUGACCUGGUGGCUCAAUUCUUUCUUUCCUGUCCAUCACCACCACGACGCUCUGACAGCCCACACAAAGAGGGCAUCAAUGACACCAUGAGGUACAUCCUGGUGGACUGGUUGGUGGAGGUAGCCACCAUGAAGGAUUUCUCCAGCCUGGCACUGCAUGUGACUGUGGGCUGUGUGGACCGCUACCUGGCCCGACGCUCCGUGCCUAAGGCUAGGUUACAGCUUCUGGGUAUUGCCUGCAUGGUCAUCUGCACACGGUAUAUCAGUAAAGAAAUUCUGACCAUUCGAGAGGCUGUGUGGCUCACUGAUAACACGUAUCAGUACGAGGACCUGGUCAGGAUGAUGGGGGAGGUCAUCUCUGUGCUGGAGGGGAAGAUCCGAACUCCCACUCUGCUGGACUACGGUGAGGUACUGCAGUCUCUACUGCCCAUGCAGCGCCGCACUGCUCAUCUCUUCAGCUACAUCUGUGAGCUGUCUCUGCUCUUCUCCCCUCUCACGGCGCCUGGUCCUGCUCGCCUCGCCAGUGCCACCCUGCUGCUCACCCGAGCACUGCACAACUACACUCCUGUAUGGCCGAGUCUGCUGGUGGAGAGCACAGGUUUUACUGAGCAAGACCUGGUGCCCUGUGCUUUGCUGAUCUACAUUAAGUGCUUCAGCCAGGAUGUGCCAAAAGAUUACAGACAAGUGUCCUUAACUGGUGUUAAGCAGAGAUUUGAAAGUGACUUCUACCAACAUAUAAGCAAAGACACAGUAAUGGACUUUAAGGAACUGUGCCAGGUGCUGGAGGUUCCAGAGGUGGAGCCCCAAAUUGAGCAUCCUAGUGCUAACAGUCAGUCAGCAGACAUCCACACAUUCCUGUCCUCUCCAUCCAGCAACAGCAAGAGGAGGGAGGAUAGCAUGCAUAGCCAUCGAGGCAGCUUUGUGGCCACACCCACAGCUGAGCUGUCCAAUCAAGAGGAAACCCUUGUGUGUGACAUGCUAGACUGGAGCCUUGAUGCUUCCUGCUCAGGCUAUGAGGGAGAUCAGGAGAGUGAUGGAGAGAAAGAGUGUGAAGUCUCUGUCUUCUCAGUCCAGCUACCUCUGUGUGUGCAGUCUGCUGAUGUACGGCUGCACUGCGGUGCUCUUUCUAGCGAUGAGGACAUGGGUGAGCCUGCUGCCUCCUGCUCUUCCUUUUCCUCCAAACGCCCGCUCCGCAUCAAUCUCCACAGCUCUGGAUACUCUUCUGUCCAGAGCAGCAGUCCUUCCACUGCCUCUUCUUCCUCCCAGGUGCCCUGCCAUCUCUCCCCAGUCAGCCUGGCACCAGCAUCAGUGCCCGCCUCACCCGGCUUCCGUCUGCUGGUGCCCAUGCAGAGACCCUGUGGCUCCACCCACCGGCAGGUGAAGAGGAAGAACACGGCAGCCCACAGUGGCGGAGAGAUGGAGCUGGAAAGGGGAAAUGGUGAGAUCUCUGCGGAUGAACAGGCUUUCCUUAGCUUGUGACUGAACAGUUGGCUCCAGCAGCCAUGUCUGAGGUUAAGGGUGCCACUGUAACCUCCGUGCCUCUGAGAAGCAAUCAAAUGGCAGCUUUUCAAAUCCUGUACAACUUGUCCACUAUGAGCUUUUAAGGAAUCUUCAAAACCUACAAUGCUAACAAUCAAUAAGAGUUCACUGGGGACCAGUUAGCAUUAUGUAAAUAAAAGUUUACUACCUGGCCUAAGCAGCUUUCAUUCAUUGUUAGCUGUUUGUAUACUUGGAUGGAGUGUCCCAUUAAGACAAAGGGAUAGAGAGGAAGAACAACGCUGAUGGUCCUGCUUGGGUCCUGUCUGUUUCACCUUGUGUUGUGUUGAAUUACAUGUAGAAGACUUUGGGAACACCUCCUCUACAGGGUCACUUGCCGAUUCAUUUCCCAACAAUUAAACCACUGGAAUUCUUGAAAAAGGUCUGCUUGUGAACCUGUGUGUCUCUGUGAGACCUGAGCCAAAUGAACAGACUAUUACAACAACCUCACGUUUCAGCCACCAGAGAAAAUCAAAGACUAUCUCAGAAUUUACAUUCAUAUGGUUACAUUUAUAUAUAUAUUUUUUUUACUGGACAGAAAGACUUUAAAUAUCCAGGUACUGAGAGCUGUCAAAAUACAACUGUUUCACUGAACUCUCUUCAGGGCACUGACGUAUUUGUUUCUUUGGACUGCUGUUAUGUGGAAGAGUAAAUUAUACUUUACAUGUUUUUGUAUGUAUAUGUGCUAUGUGCCUUUUCCAUCAUUCUAAUGAUUUGUGUCUUGUGCCAUGUUCUGAUGCCAAAGGUGUUAUUAUUUUCAAGUGUGGUCAAGUUAUUAUACUUGUACUGUAACAUUUCAUACAGCAUACAUACUGCAAACGGUGCUGAAUGUGAUAGCAUUAUUUCACCUGUGAUAAGUUUUUAACAUUAUGGGAUAACACAGAAACUGUGUUGCAACAGUUUUAAUGCACAAUAUCGGACAUGUCGUUUCUUCAUAACCUCAAAUGAAGCAAAGCACUUUUUAUUUUACAACACUGGACAAGCAGUGUUCCUAAACAGCUGUGUAUGUCUUUAGUGAAAAAUCAAUUACAUGUAUGUGUUAUUCAGUGCUCUACAAUAGAAAUGUUCCUGCAUUUCCAAAACAUCACAACCCAUGAAAUGAUUCUUAAUGCAUCUUUUCAGUACUGUAACUUCAUUAGAUUUUUUUUUGUAACUGUAACUGAUUUUCAUACCUAUGUAUAUGUAUGAAGCUGUGAAAAACCACUACUUGAAACCUAUAGAUCCAUAGAUGUUUGAGAAGUGUUUUCAAAAACAAUAAAAUAAUGCUGCAGUAAGACUUUUUUUCCAUCUGAUUUCAGUAGAAAAUAUUUCCUGCAGACUGAAUAGCAAUAAGCCACAUUUAUAUGUAGUUUCAUAUCUGAUUAAAGGAUAUGAAAAUCAGGUUAGAUUGUACAUGCUUUUUUUUUCCAUUUUGUGCACAGCACUUCUCAAGAAUUUGCAUUAAGAACAACGUGGACAAAACCAGCAGGAAGGCAGGUCAAAGGAAGGUCACAGACUGUAUAUUACAUGU